UCCCACAGCUUGAACGUUCAUUUCGUCAACAUGAAGUUCUGCUUCGCUCUGCUUUGUGCGAUUGGACUGGUCGCAGCGGUCACCAGUAUGCAAAUCAACCAGGAAUGCUUGACUUCACCAAAUGAUGAGUCGCCGAUGAAUUGCUGCAAAGCUCCGGAAGUUGUACCGCAUGAAGAGCAGUUCGCUGAAUGCCUUCAGAAAUUCCCGCUGCCAACCGAACCGUUGACGCCGGGUAGUUUCCCGCCAAAUCAUAACUGCUUUUCGCAGUGCAUGCUCGAACAGCAAGGCAUUAUGAACGAUGGAACCAUGAACAAGGAUACAGCGAUUGAAAAGAUGGUAGCCUCGAUGGGAUCGUCCCCUGAUUGGCAAGCGGCUUCCAAGAGUUCCGUUGAAACCUGCUACCAGAAAGUGUCUCCAGUUGGAGCGGAGAAAGACGGUCAAGGGUGUAGUGUGAUGGCGGGUAAUUUCCUCGAAUGCAUGUCCUCGAUGGUGUUUAUCAAUUGCCCUUCCUCUGCUUGGACAGACAGUACCGAGUGCGAUCAAUUGAAGGCCCAUUUAGAGAAAGGAUGCUCCUUCAUGACCAUAUGGAAAGGACCACCAUCCCAAUAAUAUUUUAGAUUAAAGGUUUAAAGAGCUUCGAUUUCAAAUAUCAUUUUCAUGAUAUAAAAUUCUUAUACAAAUAUCCCAGACAACGCAAA